CCCCCGGCGCCCCUCAAGCAGACGAGGAGAGCCCUGCUCCGGCUGCCCUGAGGAGCCCCUUUCCGCCCCCCCGCGCAGCCUCCAUUUCGGUCAGCAGAACCGGGACCGGUACCUGCCCGCCCCAGGCCUGACGCGCGGGCGCCCGCAUCGCGGCCCGACAGCCGUCCCGGCGCUCCGCUACCCCCCCCGUCCGCGGCCUCGCCCCUCCUACGGUCGCCCGCAGGUGAGGCCGUCCCUGAGGCGGUGCUGCCGCGGCCCUCCCGCCUCGUCUCGCCUAGGAGAAGCACCUGUGGUGCCUGCGAGCCCCCGCUGUCGCCGCCAGGGCUGAAGCAAGAGUCAUUUCGUCCUGCAAAAACCAGUUAGCAAGAUCUGCAUAGAGUUGUUUCUAAGGGGAAACAUGUCUGAGAUUGACUAUGAGAAGUUAGCUGAAAUAGAACUGCAGAAAGAUGAAGCAGAAGAUACACAGUCACAACAGGAAGAAAUGUUUGUGUCUCCUCCACUUGAGGAUCCUGAAUUAAAUAUCAAUCACCCUUACUAUGAUGUUGCAAGACAUGGCAUCAUUCAGUUAGCAGGUGAUGACAACUCUGGAAGGAAGGUGAUUACCUUCAGUUGCUGCCGUAUGCCCCCCUCCCACCAGCUCAAUCACACCAGACUGCUGGAGUACUUGAAGUAUACUCUGGACCAGUAUGUAGAGAAUGAUUAUACAGUUGUCUACUUUCACUACGGCCUGAAGAGUAUGAAUAAACCAUCUCUGAAAUGGUUACAAACAGCCUACAAAGAAUUUGAAAGGAAGUAUAAGAAAAACCUUAAAGCACUCUAUGUUGUACAUCCAACCAACUUCAUAAAAAUUCUGUGGAAUAUCUUUAAACCUCUCAUAAGCCAUAAGUUUGGGAAAAAAGUCACUUACUUGAACUAUUUAAGUGACCUGAGAGAGCAUCUCAAAUAUGACCAGUUAAAUGUCCCUCAAGAAGUCAUCCGACAUGAUGAAAAUCUUCGGAGAAAACAGAAAGGAAAACUGCCACCUGUGGUUAAGAUUCCUCCCCCACGGCCACCUCUACCUACCCAGCAAUUUGGAGUCAGUCUGCAAUAUAUCAAGGACAAAAAUAAAGGUGAACUAAUCCCCCCAGUAAUGAAGGAAACUGUAUCCUACCUAAAAAGAAAAGGACUACAAGUAGAGGGUCUCUUUAGAAGGUCAGCCAGCAUCCAGACCAUCAAAGAUGUUCAGAAGCUCUACAAUCAGGGCAAGUCUGUGAAUUUCGAUGAUUAUCAUGAUAUCCAUAUACCUGCUGUUAUCCUCAAGACUUUCCUUAGGGAACUCCCUCAGCCUUUACUAACAUUUGAGUGCUAUGAUCAUAUCCUUGGAAUCACCAGUGUGGAGAGCAGUUUGCGAGUCAGCAGAUGUAAGCAAAUAAUUCAAGAGCUUCCUGAACACAAUUAUGUUGUUCUAAAAUAUCUGAUAUGCUUUCUACAUACGGUUUCGCAGGAGAGCAUAUAUAACAGAAUGACAGCAUCCAGCCUGGCCUGUGUCUUUGGUUUGAAUUUGAUCUGGCCAUCAAAAGGAACAGCUUCCCUGAGUGCUCUGGUACCUCUGAAUCUCUUCACUGAACUACUGAUAGAUUUCUACAUGAAUAUAUUCAACUCCCGAACAGUGCCUGGUGAGAUCUUACCUUAAUGCUUCCAGAAAGGCAAAUGGAGUAUGGCUGCCUGAGGAAAAGGUCUCCAUGCCUCAGCCAGUGGGAGCUUUAUGUUCAGGGCUUUCUCCUGUGAAGGAAACUUUCUAUACAGAGUAAAGUUGCUAUAGCUUUCCAAAUACCAAAGAGACUGGGAGGAACACACUG